AGCACUGCUCUGCUACAUGACGGCCUGCCUUUCUUUUAUCCUAUUCUUGGUCCUGCGAGUCUUAUCUCUCUUCUUCUGAAUACGACCGUUCUCUGUUCCUUUUUCUCUCAUUGCAGUUCACAGAGCCGCUUCAUGGGGUCGUUCUGUCCACGAUGCUGUUGAGACCAGACGUCUGGAACCGCUCGGUGAAGCUUGCCGUCGCGGCCACCGUCUUCUUCGCCUUCGUUCUCUGGAUUCAACCCCCUCGGAACCACCACGGCCAUAGAUUCAAAUCAUGGUUCUCGCAGCCGAGCCAUCAGUGGGGCUCUUACGGAGGUCCCACCCAGACAUCUGUCACAAAGGAUGGGUGCCCCGUCGCGUCCGACGCCGACAACGUUGUCAUCACCGUGAAAACAGGCGCUAGUGAGGCGUCCGCCCGAAUUCCUACGCAAUUGAGAACCACGCUAAAAUGUCCUCCGAACAUCCUACACUUCUCCGACAUGGAGCAGACGGUGGACAACGUCACCAUCCAUGACGCCCUCGCCCCGAUCCCUGAGUUUGUGAAGAUUGGGAACCCAGACUUUGAUCUAUACAGGGCGCAGCAAGCUCGGAAACGCUUAGGCUGGCACGACGAGCCGGUCACUGAAGAGGUGAAAAAGGCUGCGUGGACGUUGGACAAGUACAAGAAUCUACACAUCGUCGCAAAGUCCUACUGGCUGUUCCCGGACAAAAAGUGGUACCUACACAUCGAUGCUGACACAUAUCUCGUCUGGUCCUCACUUCUGUGGUGGCUCAACACUCUUGACCCAUCAAAACCUCUCUAUACCGGCUCUUUAACAUGUUUUGGAGACGUUAAGGCUGCACAUGGCGGCAGUGGAAUAUUGCUAUCAAACUCUGCGGCAAAGGCGAUUGUGCAGGACAACAGUUCCACGAUUCCUUCGUGGGAUGGCCAGGCGCGUGAUCAUUGCUGUGGCGAUGAGCUUGUUGCGCAGGCGUUGAAGGACAACGGAAUUGAGAUGCACAAUUCGUGGCCGCUCAUCAAUGGUGAUACACCGUUCACAAUUCCAUUUGGUCCGCAAUUCUGGUGUGAGCCCGUCGUUACGAUGCAUCAUCUCAGCACGAAAGAAAUGGAGAUCGUUGCUGCAUUUGAGCAGAGCAGGCCAAACCGUUCUGAGCCUUUGUCUUACAUGGAACUAUUCAAUGAACUCGUCUAUGACCAUAUUCCCGAAACAACAGUUGACGACUGGGACAACCUUUCGGAGGGCAUCACACUGCCCGACUGUCCGUCCUUUGAAGCAUGCAUAAACGAAUGCAAUGAAAACGACGGUUGUUUCCAGGCUUCGUACGAUGGCUCGGAGUGCAUCCUAGGUACGAGAAAUUUCCGCGUGGGUGUAGAAAAAAAACCAGAGGAAAGCAAGAAGUGGCAGAGCAUGUGGAACAAGAGGCGUAUGCGUGAGUGGGCAGUCGUCCACGUAGACUGCACAAAUCUGCAUGUCGCGUUCAAGGACUCAUUUGUAUGCGGUUGAAGAACCUUCAACUUGCUCCAAGAAAAUAUCAAAAUCAGUAACCCAAGAUUACAGCGUUACGCGCUUGAUACGGGGUUGCGGCAAACAGGUCGCUCGCUUCAGGAGAUAUCGACGACUUCUUGGUUCGGCUAACUGCUAUUUACAUACAAUGGUGGCUUGAUCCACCAUUGUAGGUAGCAAGAUGGCACCAGGAACACGCCGAGGGAGCAAGCCUCGUAGAGAACCACUGAACUCAAAAAAAGAUAUCCGAGCGGAUAAGCGGUGGCCAACCUGAUCUUUUGUGGAGAAGUAAACACGCAAAAGUCGGAAACAUUUUUUUUUUCAUGCAUACUGCUACACAGGAAUGGCAGAAUCAGUGCGAAUAAUUCACGAGACGAUUUCUCCAUACGUUGGUCUUUGCCCUGCUAGUACAUCAACCCCGCUUCAAGAUUCUGCUUGUGGAACAAAGAAGGAAACUAGCCUACAUACGGACAAUAAUCGAAUCAUUCUAGAUUCAGUCUAAACAUAACGACGUAGCUAAAGCGAUAAGGAGGGACAUUGUAGACGCCCAUUAACUUGAAGCAUGUAGUUUCGAAUGGUUUAAAUUCCAGUUACCUUACGGCAUACAUGUUCAACGACCGAUCAGCUCAGGCAGC